AUGUCUAUUAGACCGCUUUUACGCCCUUUUCGCCGAUUUAGCGGCUUGGCAUCGGUGGAAAAGAUCCUGAAUAAGAAGGCGCCAGACUUCAACAUAGUUCCCUUCCAAAAGGAAAACAUCGAAGAUGUGAUGAAUGAGGUACCGGAGUUUAAAUACUACUACAUUGGAAAUGCUGACGCUAAAGACAACCCUUUCAAAGACAUUCCUCAAAGCUGUCCCAUUUUUGACUGUUCAAAACUACCACAAUUCGAGCCUCCUGACUCAAGCAUCAAAUUCUCCAAGUUGGAAAAUGGUUUACGAAUUGCUUCAGUUGACAAAUCAGGUCUGAUAUCAACAUUGGGUCUUUAUGUUCAUGCUGGUUCGAGGUAUGAAGAUCCAGCGCAGGGAGAGUUGGGUGUUAGCAGUAUGAUCGAGAAUAUUUCUUUCCAUUCCACGGCACAUCUAUCCCAUCUCAGAACGCUUAAAGUUGUGGAAACGAUAGGCGCUAAUGUCAAUUGUACGUCUUUCAGGGAACAUAUAGUGUACUCAGCAGAGUGCCUAAGGAAUUAUUAUCCUAUAUUAUUAAACUUGUUAGUGGGUAAUGUGUUAUUUCCAAGAUUUUUACCUUGGGAAGUCAAAUCUAGCAAAGAUGCUCUUAUAAAGGCUAGAAAGUCACUAGAAUCAAACCCUGAUAACUUGAUAACUGAACUACUACACCAAACUGCGUGGCAUAAUAAUACCUUGGGUCUUCCUGGAUAUUGCCCUGAGAGUUCGGAGUCUAUGUUUUCAGGAGAUCUAAUGAGACAAUUUAUGCUGAAACAUUUUUCACCUGACCGUAUGAUAUUUGUGGGUAUUAAUGUGUGUCACGAUGAUCUCUGCAAAUGGUUGAUGCGUGCGUUUGCAGAAUACAAUGCUAUACCACCUACACAGCGCGAUGAAUUAAAACCGAUAUAUACGGGGGGAGACCGACGUGUAGAGGCUGCUUCGCCAAUGGCCCAUUUGGCAAUUGCCUUUGAAACCCCCAGCGGCUGGCGCUCACCAAACGUAGUCGCCCUUACUAUUUUGCAGUCACUGAUGGGAGGGGGAGGAUCAUUUUCCACUGGUGGCCCUGGAAAGGGGAUGUAUUCCAGGUUGUUCCUUAAUGUGCUUAAUAAAUACGAAUGGGUCGACAGUUGCAUGGCUUUCAACACACAACACUCUGACACCGGCUUAUUCGGACUAUAUUUAAUUGGUAAUCCCAACAAUUCUAAGGACAUGGUUAAAGUGAUAGCGGACGAGUUGAAGGGGAUGGCAAAUGUGACAAAAGAGGAACUGGAUAGGGCGAAGAAUUUAUUAAAAUCUUUCUUAUGGAUGAGCCUUGAGUAUCGCCAAGUACACAUGGAAGAUAUUGCAAGGCAACUAAUGAUUUGCAAUCGCGUUUGUACGGGUCAGGAGCUAUGUCAGGCAAUAGACGCGGUGACACCUAGCUGUAUCAAUAGUAUCGUUAAGGAAAUGUUGAAAACUGCGCCUACGGUUGUUGCAUAUGGAGAUAUCGCUAGGCUGCCACAUUACAACGAGAUAAAACAACACUUCUCCUGA